AUGGCUCAGUGGUUAGAGCGCGGAUUUGCUGACCGGAAGGUCCGUGGUUCGAACCCGGCCUCUGCCUCUCCACUUCCUCUGACUAAGCUUGGAAAACCUGGAAUUAUCCCAGCCCUCGUGCCUUCUGCGUGUGGCAUUGCAGCUAGGCACCGAAAGAGUGCUGCAGAUGAACGAUUUUUUAGGCCCCGCAGUGGUAUGACUGUUACAAGCGGAUGUGUCACGCUGACCAAAGAUGCGCAAAAUCUUGUUGGGAUAAGUAUCGGUGGGGGCGCACCUUACUGCCCUUGCUUGUAUGUGGUUCAAGUUUUCGACUCCACUCCAGCCUCAGAGGAUGCAACCUUGCAGGCUGGAGAUGAAAUCACGGCGGUCAAUGGUAUUGCUUUGAAGGGGAAGUCGAAAGUUGAAGCUGCUCGCUUGAUCCAGAGUUUCAAGGAUAAAGUGGUGAUCAACUUCAACAAGCUCCACGCCGAUCCGAAACAAGGGAAAACACUGGAUAUUGUAUUGAAAAAAGCCAAGCAUCGUGUGGUUGAGUUCAUGGAAAGUAGCACGGCCGAUGCCCUCGGUCUGAGCCGCGCUAUUCUGGUUAACGGUACCGUUCUCUUUCGACGAACAUUAUUGACAUGCUCUAUCACAGAUGGUUUGGUAAAGAAAUUCGAUGAACUGAACAAAACUGCAACAAUGUUCUCCGGAAUGAUGGCCCACGCCAAGAAUCUACUGCGGGCAAUCUAUGAACUUUCGCGGAUAUACUCAGGUUUGGCUGAUGUCUUUUCCGAAAUCGGCGUGAAGGAACCCAUGCUUCGCACCAGUGAAGCAUUCACACAGUUUGGGACAACACAUCGAAGUAUGGAACGUUUCUCCAUAGAAAUGUUGAAGAAAAUCAAACCGUCUUAUUGCUUGAAAGUUAAAGAAAUGGAUGAUGAAGAAUACAGUUUUGCACUCGUCCAUGAACCACUUUACCGUGUGGAAACUGGUAAUUACGAGUACCGGUUGAUACUACGGUGUCGCCAAGAUGCUCGCACCCGCUUUGCGAAGAUGCGCAGCGAUGUCCUGGUGAAGUUAGAAUUAUUGGAUAAUAAGCAUGUGCAAGAUACCGUGAAACAGUUGCAACGUUUCAUCGACGCCAUGGCUGCUUAUCACGAUCAGUGCUACGGUGUAAUGAAACAGGCGAAAAUUUUCCCACUGGAAGUUGAUCUGGAUCGAACAGCAUUCACUUAUGAUACAGGUAUUAUCAACACUGGUGAAGACGACCUGGAAGUUGGAGAAGAAACAAACGAGCGUGGAGAACGCGUCCAAAUGAUGGAUGAUCUAACUGACGAUUUUCAGCUGAUUGAUUUAAGUGCACCGACUGAGGCUCCUAGUCAAGAUGCCCACGGGGAUGUUUUGUUGCUAGGCGAUAAUGAUCUUCAAGGUCAAUUGUGUCCCAGCGUCCAGGACCUAGUCGGACUGAAUUGAUUCCCGCCUGACACUUGUAUGCUGUUCUUUUUCAUUUGUACAUAGAAUGGGGUGCUGGAACGACUCGUUUUCCAUGGUAGAGUCUUAUUUUUUUCACGUAUUCCUAAUCGAACAAAAUAACCGACUCAGUCGCGCGCAACUUAACUGUCGUAACAUGACCAGACGAUCUGCAAUGUGAUAUCCUGUCAUUUCCUGUGCUUCACUUCAUUCCGAACGGAGCAUUAAUCCAUGACCUUAUCAGUGAAUGUUCAUUCUUUCUUUGGCCUUAGUUUGGUUGAAAUCGUUCUGUCUUUGUAUUGGCCUUUUUGUAAUAUCUGUGAUCAUGCUCCAUU